AUGAGGAGUUGGGGUUCAUGGGUUUCUGAGUUAAGAGCACCAAAUCAGAAAUCAAGAAUAUGGUUAGGAUCUUACUCAACUCCUGAAGCAGCAGCAAGAGCCUAUGAUGCAGCCCUUUUAUGCGUUAAGGGCCCAACUGCAAAUCUAGCGGCGGCUGCCACCAGUACCGGUCCAUCUCCAUCUUAUUCAUCACCAUUAUCACCGGUUUCACCAUCUGAAUCAAUAACUUCAUCUAAUGAGAAAAGCCAGAAAUUGUCUUUUGAAAACGAUCCACUUGAUGUCGAUGGUUGCACCAUGGUGCAACGUCUUUGA